CGGGCUCCAACAACCGACACACCCAGGGUACCUUGCACGUUGUAACUGGACAUGGAAAGUCCCUGACCUAAGUCAAUAUGUGAUGAGGUUGGAGUGAGAAUGUGUUGGUUGGACCCAUCCACCACCCCUCCUGCCUGCCCUACUCGGACUUUUGCUGCCUUAACUUUUGGUUUGCCCCAUUGUGUUUUCAACUGCCCUUAGACUAUACCAGCAACAUCAGUGUCUGACGGCACAAGUCACUGCCCAAGCAGCAGAUUUCGAAGACUUCAGAGUGAGACCAGGUUGUCAAACAAAAGAAAAUGGGGUCCAGGCUGAACCUUUAAUGCGUCUUUAUAACAACUGAAUGAUGUAUUAUUCACCUGCUCUUACAGCCUUCAUGAUAUUUUUGCAUCACACACAAAAACACGGGGAAAUAAAGACCAGGUUGAAAAAUAUAGGAGUGUCCCUUUAAUAUGAGACAGAAGAAACCGUGCCUGUUGUCUCUCCGUCCCGCUGAUGCUCCUAAACAGUUAAUUGUCAGUCGGAGGGUGACGACUUGUUUCGCUGUUGGCUCGUUCUGAAUCCUCCUCACACGUGAGCGCGCGGCGGAAGACGGAGGAGCCUCCCUCUCGGCCUUCAGGAGGGGCUGAAGGUGACUCUCCUCUCGGCUGAGAUGCACAGCGAGCUGCUGGGGGUCCGACCGGCCCGCUACACGGUCCUGCUCCGGGAAUAACGACACACACACACACACACACACCUGAGGGUUGGCAUCAAGCAUCAAGCAUCAACCAAAACCUGCGACCCUGCUGCGGGUCAUUUUCUUUCUUUGUAGAGGACACAGCAGCGAUCAGAAAAGAGGAGGGCAUCUGUGUCUGCGUCUGGCUGGGCUCCGGUGGUGGGUGUGCAUGCAUGUGUUCUGCACCGUACGGGCGGAAAAAGCGCCCAAGAUCUGCAGGGAGCAUUUUCCCUAUCAGUAAGGUGGCGCAGACGGAGCCGGAGCGCAGGGAGAGCACGGAGGGGGCCGUGGACGGCAGCAGGAUGACAGUGCAGGAAUUCAACACCCUGGUUGCGCUGUACCGGGAGCAGGUCAUCUCCGUCGGGGAGAUCUCAAUCGACUGUCCGUCUCUGCGGGCUCAGAUGCACCACACACGGUCCAAAGGGUGCUCCAUGGCCCGGGCUGCACACCAGGACCUCACCGUCAUCUCUGUGUCAGGUCUAGAGGACGGGGAGAUCCACCCUGAGAUCUGUCGGCUCUUCAUCCAGCUGCAGUGCUGCCUCGAGAUGUUCAUAACAGAGAUGCUCAAAUCCAUGUGCCUGCUGGGGGUGCUGCAGCUGCACAGAAAAAGAACAGACUCGGAACCGAGGUUGGAUUUGAGGGUGGACGAAAGCUCGGACGUUCCCAUCCUGGAAGACCGAUCCUCCUCUCCCAUCGACUUUCCUCAGGAGCAGUGGCUUGUGGGAAUGGAUAUUCAAAAUAUAGAGAGAGAUAUGCGAGAGAUGCGAAACCUACUCAGCAAACUCAGGGACACGAUGCCAUUGCCACUGAAAAACCAAGACGACAGCAGCUUGUUGAAUCUGACUCCACACCCGCUGGUCAGGCAGAGGAAGAGACGCUUCCCUGGACUCUGCUGCAUGGUGUCUGGCUGAGUGUCUGAAGGCAGCACUACAGUCAGCACACAUAGGAAAGGACUUUCAUUAUAUUUUAGGAUGUAUAUUAACAAAGAGAUUCAUUAAUCUUCAUUUUACUCUUUAUUUAGUUACAGUAUUUCCCCCCAUAUUAUCUGAAAUUGUAAUCUUGUCGUACUUGUUAUAUAAUUCCUUACCAUUUGUCGUUUUCAUCUUGAAGUCACCUUUUUUGCUGGUUGGUCAUUUGGUUCUUGAAUUCAUGACUUAUCUCGUCCAGCUGUGGUCCGUUUGGUGGCAUAAAGAUUCAAGCUUGGGUCGAGUUUGGGUGGAAAGGGCCAGCUAACAGUCAGUAAUGCAUAUAAUGACGCAAAAGUAAAGUACCAGACAGAUUGGACCUUAAAGACACAGGCGAGUUUCAGUUUCAGCCCUUUGCGUAACUCCAUUUUGUUUUGCUUUUUUGUCUUUGCAUUCCAUCCCUCCUUUUCUUUCUGUUUUGCGCCAUUUUAUAUAAUGAAAGAAUAAACUUGUACAUAUUCAGGCUAUGCACUGGCAUCUUUCAUCCUCAGCUGUCUCACUGUGCUCGUGUCACGCCACCAUGUUUGAAUGUGUCACAGUGUGAGAUGUGUUAGUGCCAACGACCUCCUGUAGUAUUUCAUCUGAACAUCAUUCGGUAGAGGCUCUUGCCAGGUGAGUCUCUACUCGCCUGUACGCCCCGUAGAUAAAGCAAUUCAUAGACAGUGUUACGAUGCAUAGACUUAAUUGGCUCCUUUAAUCAUGACACUCCUUUUUCUGUAAGAAAAAAACUGAAUUUAUUCAGCACUGCGUGUGGAAAAAUAAAUGUUACAAAGCUUUGCUUAAGUUUUGCCUUUUAGACAUCUUAAGCAUUCUCACCCAGAUAGCAAAUGAAGAUGCAUAAUAACAUUGGUCACUAGUCUUUUCAAUACUUUGACAUAGCCUGAGAUAUUCAUUAGCUACUGUACUGGUCAGAUUACUAUGACUUUACGUCUGGAGAGAGGAUGAUUUCUAGUCAUUUAGGUGACACCCUGAACUUUUAUCUAACAGUGCUUUAAGACAAAUAUUUCCUGUUGACCAACACCAAGACACACAGCAGAAGACUUUGAAAAACUAUUGGCUAUAUAUGGCAUUUUCAUGACAUUUUCUGUGGAUAUUCAUGAUCCGCCGGGGGACAAAAGCUAAUAAUCUUACUAGCAUUAGCAUCAGCAAGUGCCAUACAUUUUCAUUUAUACCAGGAAAUAACAAAAUCUAACACUGAUAUCAAGAAAAUAUCAAAGUGCGCAGAUUGAACAGUUCUGCAAUUAGCCCUCAGGGAUAAAUUAAGUAUUUCUGAUACUGAUUCUGAACAAGAAAGGCAUCAAUCACAAGCCUUCUCCCCAGAGGAUAAACCUUUCUGUAGGAUAAAGUCGUACUUUUACAAAAAAAUUGAUGUUUCUGUUAAUGCUUUAAAAUGAGGGCAUAUAACUGAAUCUACCAAAUCCAGGCAUAAUAAAUACUCCAAGACUUUCUUAUCAUAAUAUCAUGACUUUGGCCAUGUUUACACGAAAACGAUGCACUGAGAACAGAAUCGUUUCUCAUUUUCGUUUUGAAAAAAGUUCCCCAUUUAGACGACAACAUUUUGAUAACAAUCGCCGUGCACACGGAUCCGCAAAAAUGACCAAGCAGUAUACAUGCCAGGCCAGUAGUUGGCGGUGUGGUGCUUACGCUUUUUUCUUCAGAGCGGCGAUGGAUAAACAAACAAAAUGGCAACUGCACGAACAUUUGUCUGGACGGAUGACGAGGUGGAGUUGCUACAGUAAAUCUACACUAUGAUGGGGAAGUGUUGAUAACUUCAAUAGGGUGAGCAGCACCAUUGCUGUUGUAAUGGUCGACUUUCUCGCGCAUACCUAGUGACUGCAAGCCUAAUGCGCAUGUGCGAAAAGUCUCCGUUUUCAGAGGAACUGCAUAUUGCAAGUUUACAUAACAACAGAGACGGUGCCGUUUCCCAAAAAUUGCACUCUGGAACCCGUUUUCAAAACGUUGCGUUUUCAGGCACCCAAAAUGCCGCUGUCGUGUAAACAAUCAGCCAAAACGCAACUAAAGUUUACCGUUUUCAGUUGAAAUCGUUGUCGUAUAAACGGGACCUUUGUCUUGUAAAAUUGCAGCUGGUGACACCACAGUUGCUCUAAUACUUGUCGUAAAGAAUAGCUGAAUCAUCAGUGCGUUGUCUGUUCAUCGCUACACUAUGAUUUUAGGGUGUAAUGAUCAUUGCAGCCUCUAGGGGGAACUAGCAGGGCUUUUAGGGCGCAUUCAUACCAGGAUAGUCCGGGGGACUCGGUUCGAUUGGGCGGGGGAUGCCGAAAGAUUUCACACCUUCAUUUGGUUCAGUUCACUUUCACACUGCACUUUUUAAAGCGGACCAAACUGCCUGAACAACAUCACACAGGCCGUUUCAUAGUCGACGCAAAGGCAUGCAGAUGCGAACGCGUUGGGACACAUAGAGACGCAUUGGCCGCUAUGAUGCGUGCUUGCGUUUCAAAAUGUGUUGUCCAUUUUUUUGAUACGCGAUACCUACUGUAAGCAAACCGCACCAGGGUUCACUUGCAAGUAAACCGAGACCCCCAGUUUUCAAGCGGACCAGGGUUCGCUCGUUUGGUCCUCACCAGAGUUCGAAUGAGCGUUCACACCACUCCAAAUGAACCGAACAAUCCGUGGAAGUGGACUGGACCAAAUAGCGCCAGUGUGAAUGCGUCCUUAGUCUUGGUUUUCUACAGAUGUGCAGCAUGUCAUCAACAAUCUUCCCUGAAAAAGAACAGUUUUAACUUUCAGCUUCAGUUUUCCAUCACAAGGGCUUUGCAGAUGUUCCACACACAUACAGAAAUGGCAGAGUUGAAUAAGCCACAUACAUAAAUACACACACAUAAUAAACCUAACUGAAACCCAUUCAUUCAUCUGAAGCACUCCACUAAAGCCAUUUCCCAUUGAAUGUAAGUGUAAUUUGUAAAUUUGUGUUUGUGAUGUUAUUUCCUUUCUUUAUUGUAAUCUAAAGUGGUGACGUCUAAAUUGCUAAAUUCCUUGUUUUGGCAUGUAUAUGACUCCGAGUAUGCCAUGUGUAGUUAGUGUGUUCUGCAGUGUAGAGAAUCCACAGUGAAACAUAUGUACAGCUUAGGGCAUUUUAUAAUAUGA